AUGGUGGAGAAUGUUUACAAUUUGCGUCACAAUUUCAUCCAACUAUGCUACGACGUUCGUGACGCUAAAUACGAACUAAUCGAAAGGCUCAAGGAAAAGCAAAAGAAUAUCGACAUAAUUAAUGAAGAACUUCCCGAAGAAUUUAGAAAAAACGGUCCGCCUAUUCCGAAAUACGACCCGGACGAGUUUCCGGAAGAAAAACUUCAAGUUGUCGUAGAACUUCCGGAAACCGAAACCGAAUACGAAGUGGAAGAAUUUUCCGCCAAAAAGAUAUUGUCUUUUAAACCGAGCGGAAACGAAUUAGAAAAAAUCCUAUUGGCCAAAAAAACCUAUCCAAGAUUCAAAGAUGGCUUUUUCCAUAGCGACAUUUCAAACGAAGAAGUCCUCAAAGUAGCCCAACUCACCUUCGAAGAGUUGUGCAGUUAUCCAGAAGAACAGGACACCCCUUACGAGUCCUCAUUAAGAGCUAUCCGCAUGAACAGAAUCUUGUACCACCAAAAACUGAUAAUAGCCGAAAUGCAAGAAAUGAUCGACAAAUUCAACAAUUGGAUUUUCGAAGCCCGCAAGCAAAGACUUCCGAUUUUGAUUCGGGGCAAUUUCAUCGACAUUUUUAUCGUCGGUUUGAAUGAGGAAUUGCAAAUUUUGAAGAGCUGUGAGGAACAAGAAGACAAACUGUCGCAAAUUGUCAACAUAAAGCUGAGCGCUGUUCACGACAUGGAAGACACUGUGGAUUCGUUGAAAAACGAAAAAGCCAAUCAGGAAAUCAAGCUGGAAAAUUUGAAAAUAGAACAGAAUACGGUUACUGAGCAGUUCAAGAUGGCUGCGGAGAAUACGAAGUUUUACGAUUUUUUGAAGAAGGUGUUCAAGAAGAAGUUCAAGCCACCAAAAAUUAAAGCUGAUGAUGAGACUUCAUCGUCAGAAUCGUCGAGUUCGGAAGACGACGAUUACGACGACGACGAAGGCAGCAUCGAUUCGAGAGAUUUCGGCUUCAUCAAGCAAGACUUGAACGUUUGUCCGAAAGGUUGCGACCCGACCAUAUUCAAUUUGGUAACGUCGAUGCGGUCGAAACGGCACGAAAUCGAACAGGCCGAUCGCGAAGAAGUACGAUUACUGGAAUUCACCAAAAAGGAAAUCGAAGUGAACACGAGAAAAUUGGGGAUGCUGCACAAGGCUUACGACGAUGCUCAGGAACAGUUGGAAUCUUUUAGGAGGGAUAAACAAAAAAACCUAAACAACGUUCGAUGCACGGUGAUCCUAAACCUGGAUCAGAUUUACGGUUUCGAGCAGUACAAGCCGGAAGAAAUGAAAAUUUCCGACUUUUUGGUAUUUUCCCGAUCAAAACUGUCCGAUUUGUACAAGAGAGUGGGCAAGUUGCAAAACGACGCUUUGGAAGAACAAGGAAAACACGAGUAA